AUGGCGGACACAAUCACCAUUCCAUCGCCGUCUGUCUUUCUCCGCGCCUCGCCGGACCCUGUUCCUCGGCUCGAUACCAAUCAACAGGUACUCGACGACGAGCAAAACAAGACGGCUACCACCAAGAAGCGAAACACCACAAGGAAAAAGUCUGUUGCAGCAACAACCAAACCUCGUCGUGACGGUGCCGCUGUAGCCAAGCCCAAGCAGUCAAAGAGUCGUAAUGCGAAACGCCUAAAAUGCGAUGAGAAGAAACCUGGUUGCGAGCAAUGCAAGAAGCGAAACGUGGACUGUGGAGGUUACAAGAAGGACUUCAAGUGGAGGCCCUUCGAAGAGACCAACGUCGCCACGAACAUUGCUAAACAAAACAAUGGAUGUGAGUAUCCGAGCAGAGGGACUCGAUAUCUCAUGGUGUCGAGACCUUACAACUUACUUUCUCUGUCGUCUAUGCAGAUCAUUGUGGCUAACGCAUGUCUCCUGCAGNCUUUGAUCGUGCUGGGUAGUGCAGCUGACGGUUCCGGAAAACGAAGCCCGGCAUCACCUCCAGCCAGAGCACCGUCAUCAGAAGCACCUGCUCCGCUGUCUUCCUCGUUCGCACAGCAGCUGUUCGUGCCUGCUGCUGCAUCACAGACCGUCCCACGUGCAACCUCUACCGAGAAAGAACGUUCGGCUCCAACUUCGUCAAGGACCUCACCUGCUGAAGUACAAGCCGAGCAAGCUGCAUCUCCCACAGACUCUGCCAACGACGCAGGAACAUCAUCUCAAGGAUCACCUCACGACAAUCCCCUUAUCGACGGUGCCCUAAAAGAGAAUGAUAUGACAAUGGUGCCUGGCACCAAGGAAGUCUUUGACUUCGACAUGCACUUCCUGGAUCAGUUCCUGAACAUGACGGACCCUCCGCUCAUGGAAGACAUGGAGAUGGACUUCAAGGGUGUUGAAGAACUUACCCCGAUCGUGCCAGAUUACGACGCCUGGGCCUUGCAGCUUUCUCAUUGCCCGACGUUCCAAGACGACAACACCAGCAUGCCGAGUCCACCAGCCAUGGUGUUCCCUCAAAGAAUUACUUACAUGUACGAGCAGCCUUCACUCGCACAAACUAGUCCAGAAAUGUUGAUGCUUCGGUUCGAUCGACUGACCUGUGGCAUUCUGUCGAUCAAGGACGGACCGAACGAGAACCCAUGGCGUACAUUGAUUUGGCCGAUGGCUCAGACUUCACCAGCGCUGUACCAUGCCGUCUCCUCGAUGACCGCGUUUCACUCCUCUCGUGACAUUCCCGCUCUACGUGUAGCAGGACAUGAACACAAGAGUGAGAGUGUGCGAAACUUGCUUGAAGGUAUCGAGGAGAGUACCAUGAACCUUGAUACAGCCAUCGCUACCACGCUAGCACUGGCCUUUGCAGAAACAUGGGACCAGCACCUGUCGAGUGGCAAUGACCAUAUCCAAGGUGCCCGCGCCAUGAUUAACAUCGCCUUGAACCAGCACAAGCAGUCAGCAUUGACAGGUUUGAAUCUUGCCCGACUCAAGUUCCUUGCCAAUGCCUGGAUCUACCUGGAUGUCCUCUCUCGCGUGACUACCGCAGACGAGGACACUUCUGAUGACUAUGACAAUCUUUAUUGCCUUUACAGCACACCAGACAGUCCCCAGAUUGGCCCUUCGGGUCACGCAGGUUUCGGUAUAGACUUCGGUCUGCCAAUCGACUCCAACCUUGACCCUUUGAUGGGUUGUGCAAGCACUCUCUUCCCAUUGAUUGGUCGUACAGCGAACUUGAUUCGUCGUGUGUAUCGCGCCGAGUCAAACUCGCCUCCCAUGAUCAGCCAAGCCAUGGAACUCAAGCUCAUGCUCGAGACUUGGGAACCACCAGCUUUCGUUGAGCCGCCGGAAGAUCCUACAUGUGACGUUCGCCAUGCAUUGCAAACGGCAGAGGCAUAUCGCUGGGCUACACUCUUGUACCUGCACCAAGCACUUCCAGAGAUUCCUGAACGCCUUACAACGGCAGACAUGGCAAAGAAAGUGCUUGUGUUUUUGGCCACCGUGCCUCUCGCCAGUCGCUGUGUCAUCAUCCACGUCUACCCUCUGUUCAUGGCCGGCUGCGAAGCCGACGUAGAAGAGGAUAGACAAUGGAUCAAGAGCCGCUGGGCCGCCAUGUCACAACGCAUGAGGAUCGGCAUCAUUGACAAGUGCGUCGAUGUCACGGAAGAGGUUUGGCGCAGAAGGGACGAGUACAAGAACAAAGUCUUGCCCAACAAAGUCGUGCCCGUGAGACGGAAUCUGGCUGCAACUGCAGCAGAGUUGCAUUCAUCCGUAGGCAACAACAGACCGGCGUCAAACAGACGUGGUUCAUCGUUCAACAGCAUUGCAGGCGCAAGCGAGGGCACUAUGGCUUGGGCGGACAAACUGCGGCGAAUGACUGUAACAAGUCCGGAUCAGAUGGAUUCAGCGUCCAUCUCGUGUCGAGGAUCUCGUGACGCAGUGAACGGAGCGACAGGCACGCUGCUCACAGUGCGUGGAAGGCUGCAUUGGAUUGGAGUGAUGAAAGAUUGGGGUUGGGAAGGUAAGUUCCCUUGCAACAAGAAUCCGAGUUUUCGCAUGAGCUGA